GAAAAAACCAUGUAUGUUGUCUCUAUCCCAACCAAAACUCAGAACUCACCUUGUCUGUUGAGAACGCUUUUGGUAGUUCCACUUCAGAGAAUCCUGGGUCAUCCAUGAGAGAUGAGGAUAAAACUUUGCAUUUCAUUUUGCUUGAUGGCACCUGGAACAAUUCAGCUGCAAUGCUCAAGCGUCUUAAGACCCGUCUGCAGGAUCGUGCAAAGACAGUAUGGGGAGAUGAAGAUCUUCCUUGCAUAUCUCUUGCAACAGACCACAACCAUCAUGGGACAGGACCUGUACCGCAGCAGCAGCAAUUACACUCCUAUCUGAGCUGA